GGGAGCUGACGCCGUGGGGCUGAAGCGGGCCGCGCGGGAGGGCGCGAAGGGAGCAGCGGCGCUCACAGUCUCCGUUGGGGCUCCGUGGGUUCCCGACCCGCCCCUGGCCUGGCCAUGGCGGGCGCCAGGCCCAGCGUCCACGCGCUGCAGCUGGAGCCGCCCACCGUAGUGGAGACCCUACGGCGCGGGAGUAAGUUCAUCAAAUGGGACGAGGAGACCUCCAGCCAGAACCUGGUGACUCUGCGUGUGGACCCCAAUGGCUUCUUCUUGUACUGGACAGGACCUAACAUGGAGGUGGAUACACUGGACAUCAGUUCCAUCCGGGACACACGGAUGGGCCGUUAUGCCCGCCUGCCCAAGGACCCCAAGAUCCGGGAAGUGCUGGGCUUUGGGGGCCCUGAUGCCCGGGUGGAAGAGAGGUUGAUGACAGUGGUGGCUGGGCCAGACCCCGUGAACACAGUAUUCUUGAACUUCAUGGCUGUGCAAGAUGACACGGCCAAGGUUUGGUCUGAGGAGCUGUUCAAACUGGCUAUGAACAUCUUGGCUCAGAACGCCUCCCGGAACACCUUCCUGCGCAAAGCAUACACAAAGCUGAAGCUGCAAGUAAACCAGGAUGGACGGAUCCCAGUCAAGAAUGUCCUGAAGAUGUUCUCAGCAGACAAGAAGAGAGUGGAGACUGCAUUGGAAUCCUGUGGCCUCAAUUUCAACAGAAGUGAGUCCAUUCGGCCCGAUGAGUUUUCCUUGGAGAUUUUCGAGCGGUUCCUUAACAAGUUGUGUUUGCGACCAGACAUUGACAAGAUCCUGCUGGAGAUAGGUGCCAAGGGCAAGCCGUAUCUGACGCUGGAGCAGCUCAUGGACUUCAUCAACCAGAAGCAGCGGGACCCGAGACUCAAUGAAGUGCUGUACCCGCCCCUGCGGCCCUCCCAGGCCCGGCUGCUCAUCGAGAAGUAUGAGCCCAAUCAGCAGUUCCUGGAGCGAGACCAGAUGUCUCUGGAGGGCUUUAGCCGCUACCUAGGAGGUGAGGAGAAUGGCAUCUUGCCCCUGGAAGCUUUGGAUCUGAGUGUAGACAUGACCCAGCCGCUGAGCUCCUACUUCAUCAACUCCUCCCACAACACCUAUCUCACAGCGGGGCAGCUGGCGGGGACCUCGUCGGUGGAGAUGUACCGCCAGGCGCUGCUGUGGGGCUGUCGCUGUGUGGAGCUAGAUGUGUGGAAGGGGCGGCCACCUGAGGAGGAGCCCUUCAUCACCCAUGGCUUCACCAUGACCACGGAGGUGCCCCUGCGAGAUGUGCUUGAGGCCAUCGCAGAGUCCGCAUUCAAAACCUCGCCCUACCCGGUCAUCCUGUCCUUCGAGAACCACGUGGACUCUGCAAAGCAGCAGGCCAAGAUGGCUGAAUACUGUCGCUCCAUCUUUGGGGACGCAUUACUCAUUGACCCACUGGACAAGUACCCGCUGGCCCCAGGGGUCCCACUGCCCAGCCCUCAGGACCUGAUGGGACGCAUCCUGGUGAAGAACAAGAAGCGGCAUCGUCCCAGCACCGUUGUCCCUACCAGCUCUGUGCGCAAGCGGCCUCUGGAGCAGAGCAACUCGGCCCUGAGUGAAAGCUCUGCCACCACCGAGCCCUCCUCCCCUCAGCUUGGAUCUCCCAGCUCGGACAGUUGCCCAGGUCUGAGCAAUGGGGAGGAGCUUGGACUGGAGAAGCUUAGCCUAGAGCCUCGUAAGUCUCUGGGUGAGGAAGGCCUAACCCGGGGCCCCGAUGCUUUUGGACCUGCUGAUCGUGAAGAUGAGGAGGAAGAUGAGGAUGAAGAGGAGCAGACAGACCCCAAAAAGCCAACCACAGAUGAGGGCACAGCCAGCAGUGAGGUCAAUGCCACUGAGGAGAUGUCCACACUUGUCAACUACAUUGAGCCUGUCAAGUUCAAGUCCUUUGAGGCUGCUCGAAAGAGGAACAAGUGCUUUGAAAUGUCAUCCUUUGUGGAGACCAAGGCCAUGGAACAGCUGACCAAGAGCCCCAUGGAGUUUGUGGAAUAUAACAAGCAGCAGCUGAGCCGCAUCUACCCCAAGGGCACCCGAGUGGACUCCUCCAACUACAUGCCCCAGCUCUUCUGGAACGUGGGCUGCCAACUUGUCGCCCUCAACUUCCAGACCCUAGACUUGGCGAUGCAGCUCAAUGCAGGCGUAUUCGAGUACAAUGGGCGCACUGGGUACCUACUCAAGCCUGAGUUCAUGCGGCGGCCAGACAAGUCCUUCGACCCCUUCACUGAGGUCAUCGUGGACGGCAUCGUGGCCAAUGCCUUGCGGGUCAAGGUGAUCUCGGGGCAGUUCCUGUCCGACAGGAAGGUGGGCAUCUACGUGGAGGUGGACAUGUUUGGUCUCCCUGUGGACACGCGGCGCAAGUACCGCACUCGGACCUCUCAGGGGAACUCAUUCAACCCUGUGUGGGACGAGGAGCCCUUUGACUUCCCCCAGGUGGUACUGCCCACACUGGCUUCACUUCGCAUUGCUGCCUUUGAGGAGGGUGGCAAAUUCGUAGGGCACCGCAUCCUGCCUGUCUCUGCCAUCCGCUCAGGGUACCACUAUGUCUGCCUGCGGAAUGAGGCCAACCAGCCGCUGUGCCUGCCAGCCCUGCUCAUCUAUACUGAGGCCUCAGACUACAUUCCUGAUGACCACCAGGAUUAUGCCAAGGCCCUGAUCAACCCCAUUAAGCACGUCAGCCUGAUGGACCAGAGGGCAAAGCAGCUGGCUGCCCUCAUUGGGGAGAGUGAGGCUCAGGCUGGCCUAGAGAUGUGCCAGGAGAGCCCAUCUCAGCAGCCAGGGUCCCAGGUGUACCUAAACCCCACACCUAGCCCACUGGUCACCUCCCCCCGCCGGCCCCCAGGUCCCACCACCUCCCCUACCAGCACCUCCCUCAGCAGCCCAGGGCAGCGGGAUGACCUCAUUGCCAGCAUCCUCUCAGAGGUGGCUGCCACCCCACUGGAUGAGCUCCGAAGCCACAAGACUCUGGUCAAGCUCCGUAGUCGGCAAGAGCGAGACAUGCGAGAGCUGUACAAGAAGCAUCAGCGGAAGGCUGUCACCCUCACUCGCCGCUUGCUUGAAGGCUUGGCCCAGGCCCGGGCUGAGAGCAGGUGCUGGCACCGGCAAGGUGUCCUCCCAAGCCCAGGUGAUGGAGCAUUAGCCCAGAGGGGUUCUCCCCACAGGGGUGGGGCUGGUGACAUGGAGGACAUGAAGGAAGAGGAGGAAGAGGUGAAGCGGUAUCAAGAGUUCCGGAACAGGCAGGUGCAAAGUCUGUUGGAGCUGAGGGAGGCCCAGGCAGACACAGAGGCUGAGCGGAGGCUGGAGCACCUGAAACAGGUUCAGCAGCGGCUCAGGGAAAUUGUCCUGGAGGCACACACAGCUCAGUUCAAAAGGCUGAAGGAGAUGAAUGAGAGGGAGAAGAAGGAGCUGCAGAAGAUCCUGGACAGAAAGCGCCACAACAGUAUCUCAGAGGCCAAGACAAGGGAGAAACAUAAGAAGGAGGCGGAACUGACAGAGAUUAACCGUCGGCACAUCACUGAGUCAGUCAACUCCAUCCGUCGGCUGGAGGAAGCCCAGAAGCAGCGACACGACCGCCUUGUGGCUGGGCAGCAGCAGGUCCUACAGCAGCUGGCCGAAGAGGAGCCCAAGCUGCUGGCCCAGCUGGCCCAGGAAUGUCAGGAGCAGCGGUCGAGGCUGCCCCAGGAGAUCCGCCGGAGCCUGCUGGGCGAGACGAUGGAGGGGCUGGGGGACAGGCCUCUGGUGGCCUGUGCCAGCAACGGUCACACACCCCAGAACAGUGGGCACCUGUCUGGUGCUGACUCGGAGAGCCAGGAGGAGAAUACGCAGCUCUGAACUUUGAGCAAGAGAUGAGGAAAUGGAGGCCCAGAGCGAUGUCACGUGUGCCAGGCUACAGCUAAGAGAUCCUGACCCGGAGGCAGGGUGGGCCUGAACCCUCUAGCAGAUUGUCUUCAGCCAGCCUGGAGGAUCUAUCCAUGCCUCAGGACCAGCGCAGAGCCCAUGGAGAGGGUGUGGCUAGGCAGCAGCAGGGUCAGGCUGGCACCUCUUCAAGGCCUUGCCCAGCUUCCUGGCGAGUCCCAGGCUCACAGACUCCCUCCUCCAGAGGAAGGCAGCCUCUUAUCUGGGCUUAUCUCCUACCAAUUGACUGUUUGCUUUGCUUUGUUUUCAUUGCAGCCUCAGGCAAACAGAUGGAGUGGGGAGGCUGGAGAAACCUGUCCAGAGUAGGGCCCUUCUCCCUCAGGGUCAAUACCACUGCCCAACCUUCCUCCCUUCUGCUGUCAGAUUUUGUCCUAUCCCCAAAUCUGCCUACUCCCCUGUAUUCCGUGUCUAGGCCCUACAAUAAUAGCAAGGCCUACCUUCUUGACCCAGCUCCCCUUCACUUACGGAAACAUUCCAUGUUGGUUCCUGGGUCCUCAAAAACCAGCUAAACUCCCAACUCCUGGUUAUGACCUUGCAGUCCUUCAGAAGUCUGGCCUGUGCUGCUCCUUCCUUGGCUCUCCUGCCAGGAGUGAUUGCCCAAUUCUCCACCUCACCUGCAGGUCGCAGCUCUAGCUCUCCUCCUCCCUGACUUCCCCACCGGAGAGAGCCUCCCUCUCCCCGGCCCUAGCCCCUCUGUGGUGUAACUCAUGUCUGUGUACUCAGUAAAAGCCCUAGCCUGGGCUACAGAGGACGCCAAUAAAUUUUUCUGGAGCUAAGCCCGA